AAAUAUCUGAAGCAGUUCUGCAUAAAAUAUUUCAAGAAUAUAACUGCAAUAAAACCACAAUUUACACUGUGUCCAGUUUAUUCCAAGACAAAUUUCUAUUACAGAAGAUGAACAUUGCCAUUCUUUUCCUCCUGUUCACAGCCAGCUUUAUAUGUGUUAAUUCACUUACCUGUUUGCCGUGUGGAACGUACGAUUGCAAUAACAAAACUGAAAUAGAAUGUCCUGUUGGUAUUGUAAUUGACGCUUGUAAUUGUUGUGCCGUUUGUGGAAAGAACGAGAACGAAUUAUGUGGAGGGUUUUCGUAUCUAAAAGGUAGAUGUGGAAGAGGACUUUAUUGUUAUACAGAAAACGGAUCACCAGCGACAACUGAUGGAAUUUGUAAAAAGAUUUUAUCUUAAAACUAAAUGAUUUUUAAUAAAUUUUAAACUGAAAACAAAA